CGGGCUGCGGGACGCGACGUCCUGCUCCGACAUGGAACAGGGAUCAUCAUGGAGGUUUAUCGGGAUGAACGGUGUGUCUAUUAGGACUUAUCAGUGCUGAUUUGCGGAGGGGCGGCUUGUGGAGGUAUGGCUUGAUCAUUCGAGGACACUUUCGCGAACGCACAGUUUUUCUGAUCGCAUUCGAUUCAAAAGAUUUCCCAGAACGGAAGCCGCGUUCUGAAACAAUGUAACGUUCGCAUUAUGAUGUAAUGAUACAAUGUAACGAAUUCGCUGCGCGACGUCAUGCAACAUUAUAACAAAUUCGAACGUCCGCUCUGCCUUUAUGUGUUCGAACAACGGAAGCUUCAUUAGACGUUAAAUAUCCGCGCGAUUCACACACGGAUGAACCAACAAUGCCCUCGAACGCGUUUGUAAACAUUCCCAAUCAUCUCAAGACUUCGAUUAAAUCCUCAAAGCGUCCCGUAUUGAAAUGCGGACUCCAGAAGUGAUCCAUUAAUGGCAUGCACGAGGGCACUGCUGCUGUUGUGUUCCGAAAAGCCGUCCAUACAUCAUUCAUUUGAAGGAGUCGAGGAAAUAUGGCAGAGGAGCUAGAUAAGCCUUUGGCUGUGGACGUCGACAUAGACCCUGAUUUUGAGCCCCAAAAAAGGCCCAGGUCUUGCACAUGGCCUCUGCCCAGACCCGAGUCCAAUUCGGGCAAAGCAGAACCUUCAGAUGUGGGGAUCAUUCCUGAAGAAGAGGUAGAUGAAAAUGGCACUGAUGAUGCUUGUGCAUCUGGUGACAUUACAGGCGCAUCAAAGCCUGCCAGUGUCACAGAAGGAGACCCGAGUUCUGCUGCUGCUCUUCCUGCCAUAGAAACGAACGCUUCUGCCAAUGAUAAAGACAUCUAUGGCUCUCCUGGAUCUUCCCAACACGCUCUAGCAGCAUGCAGCGACUCCAGCAUCAAUGGUCUGAUUCCUCAGCAGCCCAGAAAAUCCUCUGCCCGCAGGAACGCCUGGGGAAACUAUUCCUACGCCGACCUCAUCACCCAAGCCAUCGAGAGCUCGCCAGAGAAGAGGCUGACACUGGCCCAGAUUUAUGAUUGGAUGGUCCGAAAUGUGCCAUACUUCAAGGACAAAGGUGACAGCAACAGCUCUGCAGGAUGGAAGAACUCAAUACGACAUAACCUGUCGCUCCAUAGUCGCUUUGUCAGAGUCCAAAAUGAAGGAACAGGAAAGAGUUCAUGGUGGAUGGUCAACCCUGAUGGUGGAAAAGGGGGCAAAGCUCCACGCAGGCGUGCAGUAUCAAUGGACAACAGUAAUAAGCUCAUCAAGAGCGCCCGUGGCCGUGCCGCAAAGAAGAAAGCCGCUCUGCAGGCAUCCCAGGACGGAAGCUCUGAGAGUUCCUCCAGUCUGUCCAAAUGGACCGGCAGCCCCACGUCCCGUAGUAGUGACGAGCUAGAUGCUUGGACAGAUUUUCGUUCUCGCACUAAUUCUAAUGCCAGCACCCUCAGUGGACGUCUUUCCCCAAUUCUAGCCAACCUGGAGGUGGAUGAAGUUCCCGAUGAUGACUCUCCCCUGUCACCCAUGCUGUACUCCAGCCCCAGCAGUAUGUCUCCGUCCACUGGGCUCACCGAACUGCCACGUCUAGCUGACCUUGCAGGAACUAUGAACCUCAACGAUGGCCUCUCUGACAACCUAAUGGAUGACCUUCUGGACAACAUCAGCUUGACGGCUUCACAGUCUCCGGGCCAUGAUGAGAGUGGAGCCAACCUACAGGGAAGCCCUGUGUUUACCUUCAGCUGCUCUGGGAGCAGUCUGGCAAUUCCCUCCGGCAGCUAUGGCACCAACUCCCUGUUUAGCCCUCCAUCAGUCACUGGGCUGAGACAGUCUCCAAUGCAAACCAUCCAGGAAAACAAGCAGGCAACAUUCUCCUGCGGUUCCCUCUUUAGUGAGCAGAGUCUGCAGGAUUUGCUCAGCUCUGAGUCCAGUAGUCGCAGUGAUGUCCUUCUUACCCAAUCUGACCCGCUUAUGUCUCAAGCCAGUGCCUCCGUUUCCUCUCAGAAUGCUCGUCGCAUUUUGUUGCGUAAUGACCCCAUGAUGUCCAACCAGGCUGGGCCUGCAGGACAAGCAGGGCUCAAAAAGGCAUCGCCAUCUGGAUGGCGGAUGAACUGCGUCCCGAGCAGCGAGUCAGACUACCAAAGCUUGAUGAAGCAACUCCAACAGUCUCCCUUCAGAAGCACAUCUAUGCAGCUCAACUCCUCCGAUUCAUUGUUGGCAGGUCUCAACGGCAGCGUGACCUCUGCUCAGUCGGUGUCUCAGGACCGUUUCUCAUCUGACUUGGAUCUUGAGGCAUUCAGUGGCAGUUUCGAUUGCGAUAUGGACAUCAUAACCCGCAACGAUCUGAUGGAUGCCGAAGGCCUGGAGCUCAGCUUUGAUUCCCAUCUCAUCUCCUCUCAGAAUGCUAACCUGACUUCAGGGAGCUUCUCCAGAACCAAACGAACCUCCUCCCAAAGCUGGGUGCCAGGCUGAUCCAGGCCCAGGAAUGUAGGGACGGGGCAGAACACCGCAUUUGAGCCAACUGUCCACUGUAAAGCAACUGUAUAUUAUGCUGUAGAAAAGCUAUUUGACAUCCAUUGGAAUGAGUUUGAGUUAACGUCAAUGAUUUACCCAGUCGGUGUUGUAGUUUUGUGGCUGUAUGUUUUGUAUUGUCAUGAUUGAGGCUGGUUUGAUGGACGGAUAAAGAGUUCCAACAGAAUUAACCUUGCUUUAGGUGCUGCAGGUUUAUCUAUUUGCCAAUGACAAGGUAUUGAACUCUGCUCGAGUAUGGUAAGUGGAGGACUGUAGAGAGAACUUGGCUUGAGCCAACAGUACUUCCCUUAGUCUAUCUAGAAUAAAAAUCUUUAAAGAAACGCUUCUCUUUUUUUGAAAAUAGGCUCAUUUUACAACUUCUAGAGCUGAUCUCCAGGUCUGGCAGGAGCACUUUUCGCUUGGCUUAGUAUACAUCAUUGACACUGCGUAAUAGUUGCGCCUGCUGCAGCCAUUCUUGUUUAUUACAGUGGAUGACAGUAUAGUUCCUAGCCCAGGCAUGUAAAAACUCGGUCCUGGAGGGUCAGUGUCCUGCAAAGUUUAGUUCCAACCCCAAUCAGACACACCUGGGCUAGCUAAUCAAGCUCUUACUAGGCUUUCUAGAAACAUCCUUGCAGGUGUGUUGAGGCAAGUUGGAGCUAAAAUCUGCAGAACAUGGCCCUCCAGGACAAAGUUUGGACACCACUGUCCUUGCCAUAUCAGCCUACACUCUUAGAAAUAAACGUACACGAGUUGUCACUAGGGUGGUACAUUUUCAAAAGGUACAUAUUUGUACUUCAAGGGUUCAUAUUGGUACCUCAAAAAUAUAUAUUAGUACCUAAAUUUUUAAGAGUAUUUUAGGUACUAAUAUGUACCCUUGAGGUAUUAAAAUGGACCUUUUAGGUACACAUUUGUACCAUUUGAAAAGGUACCACCCUAGUGACAGCUCACAUACCUUUUAUUUCUGAGAGUGUAGAAAAUGGUAGAAUUUAAAUUUUACGCCCGUCUUGGUGCACAGUGUAACAACAGAAGAGUCCGUAUAAAUUUUAGAUGGGAAAAUUAUCUGUUGGAUCAUUUUUCAGUGAGAGGCUAAUGGUCUAUUCAAUGAUCUAUGCUAGGCUAAGCUAAAAGUGCUCCUGCCAGACCUGGAGAUGAGCUAAAUGGAUUCAAAAAUAGUAAUAAAAAAAAAACAACAACAACAACUGUUUAACUGUAGGGGAGUUGUAAAAUGAGCAUAUUUUGUAUAGUGUAUGAGGGUGCCUACAAACUGGAGAAAGCUUUCACAAAUCCAAGCUUGGAAACCAAAUGGGAUUGGUGAAUUCUCAUUGGGUUGGGCAGCUGUUGACAACCAUGUCAUAUAGCAUUAAAGCAGAAAUGAAAAUGUUGUCACUUCAGCGUUUUUCCUCGUCACCAUUGCAAUACUUGAUCCCCAUUGAAGUCAAGUCAACUCUAGUCUGUAGGUGCCUAUAGUUUGUGGUAACUUCUCGUAACUUGUGAUCAAGAUGAGUAGAUUUCUAGUCCUCGCAUCUAAACAAACACCUGCCUUUUGCCAAACUAGUCCUCAGGACAACUGCAAAAAUGGCCUGUUUACAACACAAACUCUUGAGAAUUCUGUUGUCUGAAAAAUGGCCACGAAUUACGUAAUUUCUCCAGUCAUUUUAUUUUUUCUUGUGGAACUAUAAAAAAAAAAAGGGAAGAGGUUGUGUUAUUCGUGAAACCAGUGAUGAUCAUAAUGUAUCCUUGACUCCUUUUGCGGGAAAGUGAAUAAUGAUAUGAUGAUAAGCUAUGUAUUUAGUGUUCUGCUGUAUGAAACUAGUCAGUGUUUCCUAUGGAUUUCCUAACACAACCUGUGCAUUUAUCCGAGUUCUUGAGCAUCACCGUGUUCACUUCCAAUGUUAGCCAUUUUAGCAUAGAUUAUAAGCUAUAUAUUUGUAUUUAUGUAUGCGUGUGUAUAUACACACACAGACACUGGGCCUCCUUCAUGAAGUAUGAGUAGCUUUCCGAACAAUUUGCACCAAUUUGUAAGCCGUUCUUCAGUUGUUACAUUCAGUGCAAUUAGUGUUUGUGUGCAUGCACUGUACACUAUAUAUGUGUGUAUACAUGCAUGCAACCAUUUACCUUAGAAUAGGUUUACCAGUUUUCUGUGUAAAUCAUAGACUAUGCUUACAUUUCAUGAUGGAGACCAGUAAUGCUUACAGUAUGUGUGUGUGUAUAUACACAGACAGGUCUUGAAUUCAUAUUAACAGAUCUAAAUUUUUGGAGCGCUGAUUAAGGGCCACUAGAUGUUUGUGUGUUUGUAGCAGGAAAAAGAAAAAUGAAGCUAUGAGCAUUUGGUGCUAAGUGAAAUUGUGUUGGGUCAGUUUAUACGGCUAGCAUUUAUGUGUACGUAUCUACACAAUGGCGAGUGCUAGUAGAAAGUGUGUGACGGCGGUGUGUUUUAAGCAUUGUAAUAGUUUUAAAAAUGAAAGGCAGCCACUUUGUAGUAUUACAGCCUGUACGGAUAAGCUAUGUAAGGAAGCACCUACGUUGUACUGUAUUUCUCUGUUGAUCUUGAACAUGCCAGACAACCAAAUUUGAGGCUAAUGAAAAAAGUAACGCAGCUGUUGAGUUUGAUGAAUUAGUAGUGCCAUUCAGGGACGGCUUGCAGACGUUUGCGUAGGUAUGUUGUUUUAACAUCAGUCUCGAAUGUACCUUUCGUUAAGGUCAUCUUCACACCCAGAGUUUCCAUAAGCCUCUUAAGCACUGAUUUUUAUAAUCUGCUUUUUAUAAUCAGCUGGAGUUACCGAUUUUAAGAUGGCUAUAAAAAGUCGAUUGUGCUGUUUACACCUUUUGUUUACUUCAUUUUGCGUUUAACAUUUUAGAUAAACGUCUGUUAGUGUUUUCGGGUAACUCUCACAAGAACUACUAUGAUUUUCGUUUGUGGUUAGAGGGAAUUAACACAAACUGUGUUAGCGUAAUAUGCGUGUGUACCUCCUUACACCACAAUCGGCCGCUAGUUACCAUCCACUCGAUGUUUGCUUGACUUUACCUAUGUAUUUACAUUUUGGAUCAUGUAAACAAGGUAGUGUAAGGCAAGGUGCAUGUAAAUAAAGCUUGUACAACACGA